UGUUAUUAAACCUACCUGUCCUUUGGCCUCUAGAAAGUAUUUUAGAAAGUAAAUUAUUAAUUAAUGUAUUCUUUCUUGUGAUAUUUAUGUCAUCAUUUUGUGCCUUCGUUAGUUACUGAGGGGAGGUUAGGAGAGUAGGGGCACCUGUAUGAGCGACAACAAUGAUUCACACGAAGUACUACAAUGUUUGUGAAAAGCACUGAUACUAUCCAGAGGCAUGUGAGGUGGAAAACAUGUCUCCCUUGGAGAGGAGAAACAUUGUAAACCAAUGGUAGGACAGCAGCAUUUAGAUUUUCUUCUGUUGGAAAAUAGAUAUCUAUAUUAUCUGUCUUUGGUCUUAUAAUCAAUGUUUUUUAACAGGUUUUGCUUGCUUUAACUUCUUUAAAAAAUGAAACCUCUCAAUCAUUGUAUGUGAUUGAAUGUUCAUGUCCCCGUUUUUGUCUCUUUUUGAAAAUCAUUUUAACUGGAAAUAUGUGCAAUACAUUUGCUAUGUUCACCAAAUCAGCAACAAGAGAUUCACAGGUUUUUCGUGUCAUUAUCAUUCUUUUAAACGGAUGAAACUAGCAUGUACAUAUGAAAUGGUGACUGAAUUCGAAACUCCCAUUAAUUAUUUCAGUAUCUGAAGUUUGCUGUAUAUUUUAUGAGUAAUGAAUGUUAUUUAAUGAUGAACUCUGGGUUAUCGGUGUGGGUUAUGUAUUUUAUUUUGUAUUGCGUCCACAACAUUACAUUUUUAAGGGCAAUAGUAGCCUACAUUUGUGUACAACUCGCAGGAUUUCCAUGCGUGAGCUUUCAACCGCUCAGGGCGUUGCAUCAGCACGAGAUUGGAAGUGCGUCAAAUCUGUACAGCAUUGUUACGUCAUCACUGAUAAACGUUGAAACUGAUGAGAAACCGCGGGAGCAGUUCAGUCUGAUUCUCGCAAGUCCUGGAGGAGCGUUCAAUUUGGCAAGGAAAUGUGCUGAUUUUGCAAGGAAGCGGAGAAGAAAGAGUUCAAGGAGUCAGAGGUCAGUGGGAAUGACCUCACCAUCAUAGACCUGGGUGACCCCAUCAAUGACGGUGAUGUUAUGAAGGAAGACCGAUCUGAUAAAGAUCACAGAGGUUGAGAGACAGACCAAGUUGGAAGAGGCUGUUCUAGAGACAGAUAUCCCAACUCUGUCACUAGAGGCUGAAGGUUUAGAUUGAGAUGCAGGAGGCUGAUCUGAAGACAGGUGGCACAUCUCAGUCACAGGAGGUUGAAGGAGAGAGUGAGUUGGACGAGGCCAUUGUCAUCCUAUCUCAGUCACAGGAGGAGGCCAAAGGAGAGAGUGAGUUGAAUCAGGUUGAUCUGAAGACAUCCACAUCAACUCUGACACUGGAGGUCGAAGGAGAGAGUGAGUUGAAUCAGGUUGAUCUGAAGACAUCCACAUCAACUCUGACACUGGAGGUCGAAGGAGAGAGUGAGUUGAAUCAGGUUGAUCUGAAGACAUCCACAUCAACUCUGACACUGGAGGUCGAAGGAGAGAGUGUGAUGCAGGAGAGUGAUGAUCUAGAGACAGCUGGGCCAUCUCAAACCCAGGAGACUGAACGAGUGGCAAAGGCUGCAGUGGUGACCUUCACUACCGUGACCCGCAAGGCUGCAGCCUCCCAGACCAGCCUCACCCUCAGCAGGGGAAAGAGAAGCUACCCAGACCUACACACCUUUGUGCAGGACAUGAAGGAUGGCCAUUGGAAUCUGCUGAGUGAGAAUAUGCGUGCCAGGAUGAGCAGAGAUGAGUUUAGUGCAAGGUGCAUGGAUAUUACAAAAUGGGUGAUGGAGUCUACAUCCACUGUGGUCGUUCCCGCCCUUGACCUCACCAUGCAGAUCAGGCACUCUGAUUCGUCAAGCUCUUCUGGAUCAGGAAGUAAUGAGGCAAGAGAAGUGACCUCUCUUGGCCGCAGCGUCAGAUUCAGCUUUCGUGGUGGACCCAGUAGACGCACCAGUUCAAGAACUACUUGCAGCACACAAACUCCCACGCCUUUCCCCUCCUCUCACAGGUACCCACCCCUAUCUCCUCCUCUCACAGGUUUGGAGUCCCUGGGUGGCAUGAAGCCCAACUGGGCCAUGGGCCUCUGA